AUGAUCGCCAACAAGCUCACCAUCCUUACCGCUACCGCCGCUCUUCUUGAGCCGGCUCUCGCUCUUGGCCACCGCCACGCUCACCACCAGCACGCCCAGAAGCGUGGUGACUGGGUCGUUGCCACCAUUGACGGUCAGGUCGUCUCUUGGGAGAACAACUACUUCGGCCCCGGCGGUUCUGCACCUGCUGCUACCCAGCCCGCCGCCGCUUCUCAACCCGAGGCAUCUUCUGCUCCCGCUCCCGCUCCCGUUGCCGCUCAGCCUACCACCAUUAUCAAGGUCGCCAAACCCUCUCAAGCUGCCAAGUCCGCCUAUGAGCCCGCUUCCCAGCCCAAGAAGGAGGAGACCGCCGCCAAGGCUCCCCAGAAGGCUGCCAUCAAGGAGAAGACUCAGUCCAAGGCCAAGUCUAGCAGCACUCAGUCCAAGUCUAGCGGCACCUCUUCCGGUGGCUCCCCUGGCUUCUCCCACAAGCGCGGUGUCUGCUACAACAACGUUGACCUUGCCAACACUUUCGCUGGCGACUGCGAGAACUGCGGCUGGGGUUACAACUGGGACUCCUCUUCCGGCGGUCUUAAGGGUCUCAACUUCAUCCCUACCCUCUGGAACGACCAGCCUCUCCACACCGACCGCUUUGCCGACAACUGUGCCCAGGCCCUGAGUGAUGGCGCCAAGGCUAUUUUCAGCUUCAACGAGCCUGACAACGCUGGCCAGGCUGACAUGACUCCUGCCUACGCUGCCCAGGCCCAUGUCAAGUGGCUCAACCCCUAUGCUGGAAAGGCCCUCAUCGGCGCCCCUUCCAUCAGCAACAGUGGUCUUGCUGGGGAGGGUGUCGAGUGGCUCAAGAGCUGGGUCUCCGAGUGUGAGAAGCUUGACGAGCAGUGCCAAUAUGAUUUCUGCAACGUCCACUGGUACUCCGAGGUUGAGUACGGUAGCACUCUCUUCGACCAUCUCAAGGCUUCCCACGAGGCUUGCGGCGGAAAGCCCAUCUGGCUCACCGAGUUUGCUCCUACUGGUUCUGACGAGGCCAUUGCCACCUGGCUCAAGGAUGCCAUCCCCCAGCUUGAGGACCUUUCUUACCUUGAUGCCUACUCCUACUUCAAGGUCGAGACUGGCAUGCUCAUGACCAGCGAGACCGAGCUCAGCUCCUACGGUAGCGUUUAUGCCUCCGCUUAA